GCGGGCUGAUCAAGUGCGGCGUCAGUCGGCUACAUCUCGCUCAGUCGCGCGGAGACUCGCCGCUGCUGUCGAGAGAGUCUUCGAGCACGUAAUACAAACACGUAGGCAGAAGCACAGAGAUACUCUGAAAGCUGGAGAGCCGAGCUUGCAGCGGUAGUAGGCGAGUAGUAGGAUCGGCGCAAGCUGUUGUUGUUCAGCCACGUGUCCAGGAUUCUGAGUCCCGGUGGAGGAAACGGGGCCCCGGCCAGCCCCACGGCGGCGGCGGCCGCGACCGCCAGUAUCGGUUCGCCCUCGGCAUCGUCCAGCACCCCCGCAGCCACGGCAGCCUCCAGCACGGCGGCGACGACGCUCUUCCGACCGGGCGCCGACUGCUCGUCCAGUCCACCGCUGCUCAAGUUGCUCUUUCAGAUCGGGUCGGUUCAUGCACAGCAGCAGCGGUCGACGCAGCAGGAACAGCAGCAGCAGGCACUGGCCGGAGGGCCGGGGGCCGCGAGAGGUGGAGGGAUGUUCUGCUACCACUGCCCCUCGGGUCUGCCGGCCCCGAGGCUACCUCCGUCGCUCGAGUACCCCUUCGCACCGACGCAUCCUUACGCGAGUUACUCCGCCUAUCAUCCAGCCCUUCACGGCGUCGGGGAAGAUUCGUUCGUCAGGAGGAAACAACGAAGAAACAGAACAACGUUUACAUUACAGCAAUUAGAGGAGCUCGAGUCCGCCUUUGUUCAGACCCACUAUCCGGACGUCUUUACCAGGGAGGAUCUCGCGAUGAAAAUUAAUUUAACGGAAGCGAGAGUUCAGGUCUGGUUCCAGAACCGUCGAGCCAAGUGGCGCAAGAGCCAGCGCCUGAAGGAGGAGCAGCGCAAACGCGAGGGUUCGGCCUCGGCCGACAGCAGCAACCCGUCCUCUCAACAGCAGCAGCAGCAGCAACAACAACAGCAACAGCAGCAAUCGGAGCCGGAGGAGUCGUCGGGGCCGAACAACCAGGAAGCCGGUUCGCGAAGCCCGAGCACGACGUCGGCUUCGGUGUCGCCUCGACCGGCUCACGGCGGACCGACGCCCUCGUCGCCCCAGCCGCUGUCUCAACUGACGCCGACUCCGACGCCGACACCCCAACAGCAGCAGCAGCAGCAGCAGCAGCCGUCGGACCGGGGAAGCGAACCGCUCGCCGGAGGACCACCCGUCGAGAGCCUCGGCAGCGGCGGCGGUUUCCGACCGGUGGAGACAACGGCGACGUCGCUCUUCUUCUCGCCCCACCUGGCAGCGCAGUUCUCACCCCCGCUCUUCGGCUCGAAGCUCCAAGUGAGCAGCAGUCCGAACAGCUCCCUGGUCUCGGCAGCGCCUUCCCUCUGGAGCACCGCCAUGGACUCGACCCGUUCCGUCGUCUCCUCGGCCGCCGGCAGCAGUCUCCAGGAGAUGCUCUCCUGGUCGCCCGCUGGCUGGGCCAGCUGCGCCGGCAGUCUCUGCGGCUGUUGCAAGACCAGCACCGGCGGCUCGUCGACCGGAGCCGGGGCCAACAGUCCCGCCAGCGAUCUCCAUCGCAGCAGCAGCCUCGCCGAGCUCCGACGCAAGGCCCAGGAGCACACGACCGCCUCGGCUCUCCUGGGCGGACUUGCCGCCGGCUUUCACUUUCCACCGCUGCCGCUGCCUCUUCUGCCGCCUCUGCUCGGACUGUCCCGACGACCCGAGCACCAUCACCACCACCACCACCUGCACCCGGGCGUCGUGCACCAGCUCCAGCCUGCCAGCAAGGAGGAGCCAUAGGACCAGCUUGUGCCUGAUGAGGGGGAUGACGCAGCCGCCGCGGCCUAAGACAAUAUAUUGUUAGAUGUAUGACGACGGGAGAUAUACGAAUGCGCCUGCACUGUGUGACAGUAUCGUGUCCGAGAUGUAUGAGAGCGCGAAAGAGAGAGAGAGAGAGAGAGAGAGUGACGUUUCUAGAGAACCUGUAUAUUAUUACGAUUAUUAUCGCCUAGGAGAGUAUAUAUUAAAUAUAUUAAAAGCUGAGCAAUUUUUAGGAGAAGAAAUUGUAGCCUCUCUCUAUUAUGUCGUGAUCGUAGUGAUACUUGGAAUAAACUCGUUCUCUCGUCUCGUGCGCGAUGCACCGCACGCGCGCAAGCUCAUAUCUCUCUACUUUAUUUCCAUUACACCAAUCCGCGAACCCAGCACACACACACACACACACCGGGCGUCUCAGCCCUCCGCGAAUAUCUCGGCCGGGGAAAAACUAGGAGCGGCUGCGGAAAGAGAGAAGGAGAAGAAGCAGCUUCUCUGCCCCGCUGCUGCUGCUGCUGCUGCUGCGGGGGUUUGUUGGCAAUCAAUGCGCCUCAUAAGAAAAGCUUUGCCUCCCUUACCAGAAGAUCAGCUCUCGCGCGCCGUGAGGAGAGGGUGCGGGCAAGACUCUCUCUCUCUCUUUCUCUCUCUCUCUCUAACUCUGUGGAAAGAGGGGCUGCAAGAAGAGAGAGAGAGAGAGAGAGAGAGAGAGAGGGGGGAUCAGCCGACCAAUAGCGUGAGAGGCGCCAUUGAUCGGCACGCGCCGGCGUUUGGUUCGUCGCGCCUCCGGGAAGGGGAGAAACUGCGGCGAUGGCGGUGUGCUACUGGCGUUUUGCACACUCCGUUACACUUACUGGUAAACCGUAUUAAUCAACGACAUCGUGGCUUAUCCCCUACCGCACCUCCCCCCCCCCCCCACACACACACAUACACACACAGUCCGGACAGACAAAGGCUAUACAUACUCGUGUACACGCACGUAAGAUACAGCUGGUAUACGUGUAUGGUGCAGCGGAAGCUCUGCUCUACUCGCUCGCAAGCUCUAACGAUGCCUUCCGAUUUAGAUCCUCCUUUUCCCUCACGACUCUCGUACCUAUAUAUAGCUGCUGUAUAUACAUCCUGUGUACUUGAGAUUUCUUUUCCUUCCUUUUUUUUCUCCUUCCGACCAGUCCACAACUUUGACGCAAACAUUCGGUUAUAACUUUCUCGCGCGCGGGUAUAACUCGUGUCGAAGUCUCGUUUACGGGGAGGAGGUUUGUUUUGCCCUUUCGCACUCGUAGUAUGACGAGGUGGUGUAUUAUAUUAGCGACGAUAACGAUGUAAGUAUGGAUUAAUAAUGUAUUUAAGACAAUAACGAAUAAUCGUAUACAGAAAUUAAACUCUCUCUACGAUACCCUUUUAGCCUGUGUACCGUAUAGGAAAAGCAGUACUGCGAAGUGAGCUUGCAAUCUUUUUGGCUCUGUAACGGAAAUAUCGAUUGGAACUUCACUGUUUCGCUUUUUUUUUUUUUUUUUUUUUGAAGAGUUGAAAAAAUGUAAGGGAUGAACGUUCUUUUUUUGCGAAAGAUAUCGGAUCGUUUGAUUGUAAAAAGUUAUUAUACGUUUGUUUUUAUUUUUUUGUUAUUUUUUAUUGAAUAAAGAAUAUUGGAUACGUUUGCGGACGACUUCGAUUCUCUCACGACCCUCGGUGUAAGAGGCACUUAUUUCAUGGUAGGAUGUUGAGAUUUUUUUUUAUUUCUGUUAUCUACGUAUCUUAAGGUGUAAAUAAAAGUUAUACAUAAUAAUUAGCAACGACAGAUGCAGUUGAUGCAUUUUUUACGCUGCGACGUAAGCUGUAGAGUAUUACAAUUCGAUUGAUAUUUAUUCAAUGAUGAAUUUUAGUAAGAGAAAAAACAACCAUGAUAUCGAAAAUGAUUACCAAGCAACCGAUUAUAUUACCAAAAUGUAGUUGAUACACAAGUUGUAAAUGAUUUUGUCUUUCAAUAAAAAAAAAUUAAAAUUGAA